UAACAUGAGCCAAUAUCGAAAAUAUGGGCCGAUGACCAAGCUCUGUUUUUCUAAGGUCUCUAGCGCAUAUUUCAUCGUUUCAUCUUCAUGUUCGAUCUCCUUCUUUUUAUCUUCUUUUUACUCUUUUUACUCUAUGGCUUAUGACAGAUUUCGUAACCUCAAUAGUGAUAGACUUGAACAAACUUAUUAAUAUUUCAUUUCGCGAAGCAGAAUACUGUGUUUUCUUACCACAUUUUUUCGUAUCAUACAAAAACACGUCAAAUAAGUAUAUUUUUAUCAAGAUUCGUGGUGAAUUCGUGGUGUGAUUCUAAAUAAUUACAAAGAGGCAAGAGAGUUUAGUUUAGGAGGAAUAAAAAGGAGCAAGAAAGUUUAGGAGGAAUAAAAAAACAUCUUUUUCUCAAUAAAAUGUCGAUGCUAUUUCGAAGGAUUGUUAGCAAGUUACAAAGAGUUACGUGUCCUCCGUUGAGAUAUUGCAUGACUGUAGAAAAUCAAGUAAAAAUUGAAGAUAUCGUUCCAAUUAUAUCUGAGAUACAAUAUGAUGACGAAAACAAUUUCUAUCAAAAGCCUCGGCAAGUAUGGCUAGAGAAUUUAAAUACCAUAGAGGAGAAGAAAUUGGGUUUAGUUACUUUACACCCACACAUCUACGCUGCUGCACCCCGUAUUGAUAUUAUUCAUCAGAAUGUAAGAUGGCAGAGAAUGUACCGCUGGGUCUCUUAUGCACAUACAAAAACACGUGCUGAAGUCCGAGGUGGUGGUAGAAAGCCUUGGCCACAGAAAGGAACAGGACGAGCUCGCCAUGGAAGUAUACGUUCACCAUUGUGGAGAGGUGGUGGAGUAGCGCAUGGUCCUCGGUCUCCAACGCCGCACUUUUACAUGUUGCCAUUUUACACCCGUAUAGCAGGUCUUACGGCAACAUUAUCUGUGAAACUCGCUCAAGAUGAUUUACAUAUAAUCGAUGAAUUGGAAAUUCCAACGUCGGAACCCUCCUAUAUAGAGCAGUUAAUCGAGGAGAGAAAUUGGGGACCAUCUGUUCUUUUUAUAGACAGCUAUGAUAUUAUGCCUACAAAUAUUACACUAGCUACUGAUCAAAUUAAGCAUGUCAAUAUAAUGCCUCUUUAUGGUUUGAACGUAUAUAGCAUGUUGAAACACAACACUCUGGUACUUACGGAAAAAGCAGCUAGACUAAUAGAAGAAAAAUUACUUUAUCAUUUACAUAGGGCAGACAAUAGUCAAUUAUUACGUCCAUUUAAACUUAAUCAAUAAUAAGAAACGAUUUUUAGUGAAACUUUGCAAUUAGAAACUUAUGCAUAUAUAUGUAUAUUACUGAUUAUAUAUACAGAUUGCAUUGCUUGUGUAUGUACAUAUUUUAAGUAUUACUUUACAAAUUAAAUCAUUAAAAAAUAUUAAAGUAAAACAAUUUAA